AAUACAAGAAAAGAACUAAAAAUAACAGAAAUCAAAAUCGUAUGCAAGGCACUUUUUCUGAAAUGUCCUCUUCUUCCUCGAUCCAAUCAAAUUCCAAUCUUCAUUACAAGUAUAGCCUCCUGUAGCCAUGUCAUCAUGGCUCCCUCGUUCUUUAGCCACCAAUCUCCAUCUCGAGGAGGAAGAAGACAAAAACAAUACCAAAAACGACGUCGUCACUCAUUCCUCCAAUUCUCUUGGAGACGAAAAUGAAAUUUCAAUUUACCAGGAAAUCGAUUUAGAAGAAAAUGGAUUUGAUUGUAAUGACGUUGAUUCCUCCGAUGUUAACGAAGGCGGCGGGGGUGUUAAGGAAGACUUGUCCGAACUGAAAGAAACCUUAACUCGUCAACUAUGGGGUGUCGCUUCAUUUCUCGCUCCUUCGCCACCACCUCCUCCUCCUCCACCUCCGACGGCGGCAGUUUGGACGGUGAAAUCGGAGCAUUUGGAUGCCGUUCUGGACCGGACAGAUUCGGCAGAUCGAUCAGGUUCAAGUGGUGUAUCGGAGGAGGAAGAGAGGGAAUAUGUUGGAGACAUGGGGGUUUUUCUAGAAUAUUCGAAUUAUGAAGUGGAGGAGGAUAGUUUAUUUGAUGAUGCAGUUGGAGUAACUGAUGAAGCAUUGGGCUUCGCAAGGAAUAUAGCUCAUCAUCCCGAGACUUGGUUGGAUUUUCCCUUAGAGGAAGACGACUUUGACGAUUUUGAGACCUCUGAAGCCCAACAGAAGCAUGGAUUUGCUGUUGAACGUCUGGCACCGAGAUUAGCUGCUCUCAGAAAUGAACUUUGCCCUGUCCAUAUGAGUGAGGGUUACUUUUGGAUGGUUUAUUUUGUUCUUCUUCACACAAGACUCAAUAAACAUGACGCUGAGCUGUUGUCUACACCCCAGCUUGUUGAAGCAAGGGCUAUGUGGAUGCGAGAGCUCCAAAAGAAGACAAAACCUGACUCAGAUUUUUUUGGUAUGAAUACGCUUCUCUUGAAGGAGAGCACAUAUUCGCCAUGUGAAGACUUCGAUUCCACCUCAUCCGAAGAUGCUCACUGUAGAUUUUUUAUGCCCCAAAGGAGUUUUGCAUUUGAGACCACUCCUGACAUUGAAACUGAGAAGCUCGAACAUGGAAGUACAGAGAUCCAGUUUAUUGACAAGGUUGUUACUGAAGAAAAUCCUCCUAGUAAGAUCUUAGAUAAGGAGUUGGUGGCUGGUCCUUCUUUUAAACCACCAUUCUUGGACUAUGAUGAGCAUGAGGAUGAUUGGCUACAAGACAUUGAAGAGUCAGAAGGCUACUCUGGCACUGGAAUUUUAACGGGAAAUGAGGAGGAAAUUUCAUUUAGUGAUCUUGAGGAUGAUAUUGAUUGUACGAUGCCAGUGAAAUCAAAAUUAUUUUAGAAAGUUGUAUUCCAGCCCCCAUAUCUCCUGAAUUUUUGCAUCUUCAUGGAGCUUCUGAUUUAUUCUCAGUGGACACAUCCGAACGCUGACCUCUCAGGAUUCUGGAGCCUAAAAGGGAAAAGUGCCCCUGGAUGUUUCCAUGGUUCAGUCUCGUCUUGCUGAAUCUUAACUUGUUCCGGCAGCUUGGAAGUGUUAGCACUUCAUGAAUGAUCUACAAUCUUGCUUCUCAUGCUUGCUGCAAUUUGGGGGUCCCACUUUUUGAGGUUGGUGAUCCCCUAUCCUUGCCGUCAUGAAACUCAGAAGAGCAAUAUUGCGUUAUAGUGUAAGUCAGUAAUCGGUGUGUAAUUGUAAAAUGAGUUUCUUCUUUUGGUAUAGCUUCUUCAUUCUUUUCAUUUUUGAGGUCAUACGUAGUUGACCUGGGGAAGGCGUAAUUGCUUGUCCCCCAAAACUGUGAUUAUAUUUGUACAUAGGCUUCAAUGCCGAUGGAAAUUUCCAAGUAAAGAGUGGAUGGCAUAGUGGGUGUUGCAUUAUGAAGCAUGAAAAUCUACUCCUUGAA